AUGGUGGGUCAAAUUAAAGAGCUCUCUUCUUGUAUUGAUGAAGUCGCACCAGUAGUUGUCAAUUUAGAUGCUAUUAAUUCAACUUUGCGCACAUCAGGUGUGUCAUCCACUGAAGACUGUGAGGAGCAAAUAUCGGAACUUGAAAGCCUCUUGGAUUCCCAGGUUUAUACGGUUGAGAACAAGACAGAACUGGAUGAAUUCAUUCCCUCUGCAAAGGAAAUUUACAGAUUUUAUGAUCCAACACCUUUGAGUUUGGAUUUGAAAGCAAACUUGGAAUCCUCAUGGUUGAAGUUUGAUAAUACUUUACUCGAGUUACAAGCCUUAUUGCCAACUCACUACGGAGAUAUAGAUGACAAACACAAGACACUGCAGAAGAGGUUGUCCAAGUGCCAUGCAAAGAUUUUAUGUUGCCUUGACAAUCUUGGGCUUUUCUGUGCUUAUGAGGCUGUUAAAGUCUGUUUGGAGAGUGCACCUGGCAUCAUAGAAGAAUGUGAGAUAUAUAGAAAAAGUUUUUUGCAAUGUCAAUAUUUUCUUGAGGAAGUGUUAUCCAUCCUUGGGAAAUCAUUGCCACACGGUAUGUUGUUUGUUGCUAUUCAACUUUAUUAA